AAAAUGUCAAAAAGUGCAAACAACAUCAUAACAAAACAAACUUUUUUCUUAAAUUUCCUUUUUAUAUUCUUUGCAAGAAAGGUUUUUCCUUGAAAAAGUACACGACUUGAACGCAGCAUAAUAUGUCCCUGCAUAGCGAUACUUCCGACGAUUUAUCGCGCAACUCUACCGAGAUGGGUCUGCCGCCAAUCAACUUUGUCGAUGAUAAAUUUCCGUACUGUAUCGUGUGGACACCGAUCCCAGUGCUAACUUGGUUUUUUCCGUUCAUCGGUCACAUGGGUAUCGCGAUGUCGAACGGCGUAAUACGCGACUUUGCUGGACCGUAUUUCGUCUCCGAAGACAAUAUGGGCUUUGGACGACCAACGCGUUAUCUGCGCCUGCAUCCCGCACAUGCUUUCGGAGGUUCACAGAACUGGGACGAAUCGGUAAUCAAGGCGUCGGCCACGUACAGCGCGAGAAUGCAUAACCUUUUCUGCGACAACUGCCACUCGCACGUUGGAAUGGCGUUGGCACUGAUGCGUUACAAGGAAUACAGUAACUGGAACAUGGUAGUACUUGCGUUCUGGAUGUUCUUCAGAGGAAAGUACGUAGGAGUUCGUGGAUUCAUCAAAACCUGGUUACCGUUUCUUAUUAUACUAACGAUUUGCGCGCUGGUCGCAAUGUACUCUAAGUGGACUAUCUAAUAAGUAGGAAGAAAAGUGAUCGAUGCCCAAAAUAUUACAUUUCAUUCCUCGGGAUCAUUUCUUUUCCCCGCCAGGAGGCUGACAACAACUUAUUCAUUAGGCAUAGAUGUACUGGAUGUGUAAAUCAAAUGAAUAUAAGAAACCCA